AUGACUGCCACUGCAGAGAGAAGGUUCAUCAACCUCAGGAAGCGGCUAGAUCAGCUGGGCUAUAGGCAACCACUGGGAGUGGAGAGCUUACCUUUGGUGGAAAAGCUUUUCAGUGACCUUGUUCAUACAACUGAGAGCUUGCGCACUGCGAAAUUAUCUGCUGGGAAAAAUGAGAAGGAGAGCAGCAAUUUUGAUGCUAUUUUGGAACCUUACAAAACAGAGAAUGCUCAGCUUACCAGGGAAAAUAAUGAGCUCCAUUUAGAAAUCUUGAAGCUGAAGGAACAAUCUGAGCGACAUGUUAAAGAUUUGAAAGCCUCCUUGAGGAGGGUUGAACAUGACACCUCUGACUUGAAAUUCCUGAAUAACCAAUAUGUGCAUAAAAUUAAAAUGCUGGAAAAGGAGAACAAAGCGAAGACUGAAAAAAUUCAGCAGCUUCAGGAGAAGAAUCUGCAAGCAGUGGUGCAAACACCUGGUGGCAGGAAGAGAAGCAUUCCCUUCAGGCGCCAGCGCAUGCAGCUCGACCAGCCUGUGCCCCCCUCUGGGGUCAGCUCCUACCCAGUUCCUCAGCCAGAGGACCCUUACAUUGCAGACCUCCUUCAGGUGGCUGAUAAUCGAAUUCAUGAACUCCAGUCAGAAGUCAAAGAGCUGCAGGAAAAACUGGAGAUCACUGAACGUGGAAUGAAAAAUUACAACAAACAGGUUGAGCUAAGAGACAAGGAAAUAGAGCGCCUGGUGCUGGCACUGGAUGGUGGACGUUCUCAUGAGGUUAUCUCUUUGGAGUCAAGAAAUAAAAGUAAUGAGAAGCUUAUCACCCAUUUGAAUUUGCAGAUUGAGUGUCUUCAGCAGACAAACAAAGAGCUUGAAAAUCGCAUUCAAGACCUCCUGGACACGAAACAAAAUGUGACUAGUGAGGUGGUCCACCUGAGCAAUACAAAUGAACAACUCUGCCAAGAACUGAAUGAAAUAGACCACUUGGCACAGCAGUUGGAGAGACACAAGGAAAUUGUGCUGGAGACUGCAGAUAAGGAAAUAGAAGAAGCAAAGAAAGAAAUUGAAAGAAAGCAAAGUGAAGUACAGGAGCUUGAAGAAACAGUAACAAAGCUGAAAUCAGAGUUGUGCUCAUGUCGUAGGGAGAACGAGAGGCUGAGUGAGGAGCUCUUGGGAAAAACAGAUGAGAGAGAGAAUCUGGAAGUGUUGCUAAACCAGCUUGAGGAGGAGAAACAAAGGCUGACAGUCAAAACAGACAACUUAGAAAUAAAAGAACGAGAACUUGUCCUAGAAAUAGAAAGAAUGAGAGUAGAAUAUGGCAUAGCCCUAGGAGACAAGUCCCCAUCUCGUCUGGAUGCCUUUGUAAGGACUUUAGAAGAUGACAGAGAUUACUACAAGCAGGAGCUGGAGUAUCUCCAGAAAGUGAUGAGGAGAAGGCCAAGCCCAAGCCCAGGCCGGAGAACUUCAGAGAAGAGUGAAGAUCUUCGACUGAUGAGCAGAGAAAGAGAUGAGCUACGGUCCAUGCUAGACAGGUUUGAAAAACACAUGAUAGAAAUUCAGUCCAAUGUCAAGUUGCUGACUGCAGAGAGAGACAGAUUAAAUGUUCUUUAUGAGCAGUCUCAAGGGGAACUGAACAGACUGAGAAGGGAAGCAAAGCAUAGUUCAGUGUCUCAGAGUCAAAUGGAAGAAGAAAGAGAUGUUGCACUGAGUGACUAUACAAGACUAAUGGCAGAAAAGGAAGGCCUCAGAGAAAAACUGAAGAUUCAGCAAGAAGCAGCUAACCUGGAGAGAUCAAAGAUGCAGCAGGAUAUUUCAGAGCUGGAGAAGAAUAUUCAAGAACUUGAGAUUGAAAGGUGUGAACUGAAGGCUACAGUCUCUAUCCUGAGAGAGAGAGUCAGCUCUUUGGAAAAUGAGCUAAAGCUGCAGUCCAGUAAACUUGCCCAGUCAUCUGAUGAUUCUUCUCAACUUAAAGCUGAGAUGUGCUCCCUUCAGCUCUUAAAUGACCAACUCCAGAGGGCUGCUGAAGAUUUACAGCACCGAUUGUCCCUCAAAAAGGAUGAACUGCAGGCAGCUCAAGAAGACAUUGUCAAGCUAGAGGAGAAAAUAGACAGGUUAAACCAGAAGAGCACUUCACAGGAUGAAGCUGUCAGUGUGCUCAGAAAUACCAUUAGUGUUUUGGACAAAGAAAAGGAUAGUCUGCAAGAAACUGUGGAUGAGAAAACAGAAAAGAUUGCAUGCCUGGAUGACAACCUAGCUAACAAGGAGAAAACAAUUACCCACUUACGGCUAAUGCUCUCCGAGCUGGAGGCCUCCACAGACCAGAUGAAGGAGCUGCUGAGCAGCAGGGACAGUGAGAUCUCCAGCCUGCGGCGCCAGCUCGACACAGCCCACCUUGAGCUGACAGAAACAGGCAGGGUGAAGGAGAUGGCUCUGAAAGAAAGCAGGCGGCUGCAGGAUGACCUGGCCACCAUGGCCAGGGAAAACCAGGCCAUCAGCAGUGAGCUGGAAGACGCAAUCCGUGAGAAAGAAGAGAUGAAAACUAGGGUCCACAGUUACAUCACUGAGGUUUCCAGGUUUGAGACCCUGAUGGCUUCCAAGGAGAAAGAAAACCAAGAGCUGCUGGAGAAGUUCCGAAUGCUGCACACACAAGCUGAGGACUGGGAGAUGAAGGCUCAUCAGGCUGAAGGGGAAAGCAGCUCCAUCCGCCUUGAGCUCCUCUCUGUAGACACAGACAGGAGACAUCUGAGAGAGAGAGUGGAUCUGCUGGAGAAAGAGAUUCAAGGGCAUAUUGUCGCACACCAAGCCUAUGAAUCUCAGAUCUCUGCCAUCACCAAGAACAUGGCCAAGCUGGAAGAGGACAUUAAGCGUGAAAACCAGGACAAGUCCUCUGUGCUGGCAGACCUGGCUUCUGUGAGAGAGCUCUGUGUGAAGCUGGAGUCAAACAAGGAACUCAUAGCUCGGCAGCUGACAUCCAAAAGCAUGGAGUAUGAAAGGGUUCUAGCUGAACUGGAAGAUAUCAAAUCAGAAGCAGAGCUGCUGAAGAAGCAGCUGUCCAGUGAGAGACUCACAGUUCAGAACCUGGAAACUCUUCUGGCUGCUAGCAGAGACAAAGAAUUUCAGAACCAUCUAACCACCCAUGAGAAGGACUCUGAAAUCCAGCUGCUGAAGGACAAGCUAACACUUGCUGAGAGCAAACUAAGCAGCUGUCAGAGGGAGGUGCCCCUGCUCCGAAGCAGAGUUGCACAGCUGCAGACUGACUGUGAUGUUCUCAAGAGGCAGCUGACCACGGAGCGCUUCGAGAGGGAGCGAGCGAUCCAGGAGCUGCGGCGCCAUGGCCUCUCCACCUCCUCCCUGCGGGCAUCGCCUCCUCUCAGCUCCACACUCAGGUCUCCCUCCCAGUCUCCAGAACGUGCCAGUGUCAGGACAUCUGAUCCAGCAGCAGCAGAAAAGUAA